GUAUUUGAUUGAAAGAAUCUUGUGGAUUUUUUGAGGUUAGGAAGGUUAUGUUGAUUUUUCUAAAGGCAAAUUAAUUUAAGGAAUUAGAAACUAUUAUCAUUACAGUGAUAUAAAUACAAUUAAUUAAUCAAUAAUGCCUAAAUUAGAAGACAAACCUAGAGUUAUACUGGAGGAAUUUCGUGUAAAGAACGCUCCUGAUGAUUAUGGAAUGGCUGAUGAAAAAUGGAACUUCAAGAAGUUUGUGAAAAAAUUUCGCAUAGUUAUAGUCCGUAUGGACAACUCGGAAAUGGAAUUUGACUUAAUUGGUAUACAGCCUGCUUUUGCAAACGCCUUCCGUCGAUUGAUGUUGAGUGAAGUUCCUAGUAUGGCCAUUGAGAAAGUUAUGAUCAAAAAUAAUACUUCAAUCAUUCAAGAUGAAGUGUUAGCUCACAGGUUGGGGUUGAUACCGCUCAAAGCAGAUCCAAAAUUAUUUGAAUAUCGCGCAGAAGACUCAACAGAUGGAACUGAAUUUGAUACACUCGAGUUCACCUUAAAAAUUAAAUGUUCUGCAAAUAAAUCACAACCCAAAGACUCAUUCAGGGCUGAAGACUUGUAUGAAAAUCACAGUGUAUAUUCUUCAUCAAUAAAAUGGCAUCCAAUUGGCAAUCAAGCAUCUGUACACAAAGAGACAGAAGUGGGGCCAGUUCACAGUGACAUUCUUAUUUCAAAAAUGAGACCAGGUCACGAGUUAGACCUUCACUUAGUUGCAGUCAAGGGUAUUGGAAAAGAUCAUGCAAAAUUUUCACCAGUAGCUACAGCCUCUUAUCGUUUACUACCAGAAAUAACCCUAACAAGAGAAGUGACUGGUGGUGAGGCAACACUACUGCAGAGCUGCUUCUCCCCGUGUGUGAUUGGUAUAGACAGUGAUGGUCGUGCCUUCGUGAGAGAUGCCAGAUAUGAUAGCUGUAGCAGAAAUGUUUACCGUUAUGACAGUAUAAAGGAUGCAGUCGUAUUGAGCAGAAUAAGAAAUCAUUUCAUAUUUAAUGUGGAGUCAGUGGGAGCAAUGCUACCAAGCGUUAUAUUUGUAGAAGCAGUUAAAAUUUUAAGAGAUAAAUGUAAAUCGUUAUUGGAUGAUUUAAACAAUUUUUAAUAUGAAACUGUUUGUUUUUAUUUUGACCAUUAAUGUACUUUUCUAAUUUAUAUCUAUGAUACUGAAUUGGAGUAACAUUUGAUGGCCAUUUUUAGUUUUUACAUUAAGUAACUACCUUAACUAUAAAAAUAAAUUGAUUGCCUACAUAAAA